UCCUUCCCAAAGCUUGGCCAGAUGGAGGAGGAGGCUGCGAGGAAGAGGAAGAUGCCUUGGGCCCCCCAGGCAGGCCCCGAGGUGAGGACGCAGAGCCCAGAGGACAAAUCCCCCUGUGAGACCUUGGUGGGAGAGGCCGUUUUGAAGGGCUCCCCGGCGCAGGAAGGCAGCGGGGAGGUAAAGGGCCGGAGAUCCCCCCGCAGGAGGGGCUCCAAAGCCAUCCCAGGGUGCUCUGAGGAGGAAAGAGCCAGCCUGUGCCCGGAAGGUGGCCAGAGCUUGAGGCGGAGCUCCAACCUGGUGGUCCCUGAGCAGCCUCCCAGCAGGGAAAAGCCCUUCAAGUGUAUGGAAUGUGGGAAGAGCUUCAGGGACAGCUUCAACCUGAUCCGACACCAGCACAUCCACACUGGGGAACGACCCUACACGUGUAAGGAGUGUGGGAAGAGCUUCAUUGACAGCUCCGGCCUGCACGUGCACCGUCGCAUUCACACUGGGGAACAUCCCUACAAGUGUGUGGAGUGUGGGAAAAGCUUCAGGAUCAGCUCCAGCUUCCGCUCCCAUCAGCUCAUCCACACCGGGGAACGGCCCUACAUGUGCUUGGAAUGUGGGAAGAGGUUUCAGACCAGCUCAGAUCUCCUGAAGCACAAGCCAACACACACAGGGGAGUGGGCCUUCCACUGCACCGACUGCGGGAAGGGCUUCAACCGGAACUCCACCCUUGUCACCCACCAGCGCAUCCACACCGGGGAGAGGCCUUACAAGUGUGGGGAGUGUGGGAAGAGAUUUAUACGCAGCUCACAUCUCAUCCAGCACCAGCAGACUCACACGGAUGAGAGACCCUUUCGCUGCACCGACUGCGGGAAGAGCUUCAACCAGAACUCUGCCCUCAUCACCCACCAACGCAUCCACACUGGAGACAGGCCCUACAAGUGUGGGGAGUGUGGGAAGUGCUUCACCAACAGGUCUGGCUUGACCCAACACCAGCGGACCCACCGGUAAAGGAAGCCCCGACUACAGGAAGAGCUUCGGCCGCUGUUUCCCCCCCGAAUGAACCCCCUGAUGGUGAGGCAACCCCUGGAGUCCAGUGACUGUCAGUCCAUCCCUUUUGACCAGAAAGGGCCAGUCCCCUUUCCCAGGGGCAGCUUCUUCCAACAGAACCCUUCUUGGGGGGGGGGGUGCAGAUUCCUGCCUUGGCUGGGGGCCCCCCAAGGUCACUUCUCGAGACUGGGAGUAGAGAUCUGCCCACCAGCGUUGGUCUGGGGGGAGUUCCAUCCAUCUCUAAUUAAGAAUUCUUACUUUUGUGCUAACUUGAGUAGAAUUGCUUCACAAACUGCUUUAGUAUAGAGCACUGUCCUAUGUUAUCCUGUACUCCUGGUAGUUUCAGUAUGUAUAUUGUGCAGUAAAUAAUUCUGAUGAAGAUCUUUUGUCUGAUCAUUUGUAACCCUAAAUAAUUCAUUUAUAUCAAUAAAUCUGAUUUUCUAUCAUUAAAACUUGGGAAACAAAAGUUGUUCAGUCACAGCUCUGUAAUUCCUGUAAACUGAAACUGUUGACAU